AUGUGGCCACCGGACCAGGCUGAAAGCAGCAACACCAGGCUGGUGGCGAUGGGCUUGAUAGUCGCAGGAGACAAGGCGGUCUUCGUCGACAUCGCCACUCAUAUUGCUAAGCAAUGGCAGCUGGCCAAGGAGGCUAACAUCUUACUAGCCCAGUGCGGAGUACCAAUCUUCCUUUGUUACGCGGAGCUUCAGACUGUCUAUAGCAUGUUCAAUGACGAGCCUGUCAGAAAGGAUGUGCAGGAGCUCGAGAAAGAGGUGCAGGAGGUCAAGAACGAGGUGCAGGAGGUCAAGAACGAGGUGCAGGAGCUCGAGAGCAAGAUGGAUACGGGGCUAUCGGAGGUCAAGAACGAGGUGCGCGACCUCAAGGCAAGCAUGCGCGAGCUUGCGGAGGAUAUGCGGCAGGGGUUUGAGGUGCAGCUUUCGUCCAGUCUCCUCAAGACCGAGGACAGCAAGAUUCCCUCGCUCUUCACAGAGGCAGGCAAACUUGCCUACGAUGAGAUGAGGAAGGUGAUGCCGCAGAAGAAGCUGACGAGGAACGAGGGCAGUGCGGACAAGACAGAAGAGAACGAGGAGGCGGUGGAGGCUUCAGGAGGUUCUCAGAUGUACGGGUCGCUGCCGCCCAUUACGAUGCUGCUGAAGCCCAAGAAAAAGUCGAGAAUAGGAAUGAAGAAGAGGCAGAAGGAGAGGAGCGAUCUUGCCGCUGAAGAGCAUGCCGAACAAUGCCGAGCAAGGCUCGAGCAGUCGCUCAGCAGGCUGAAAGGUCACGCGGGGCGAGCACAGCUGCCGUUCAACACCAGCAUCCUGUGGCACGAGAACAACUUCCUCGACCCCUCAGCAGCCAGGGAGUCGCUGCUAGUACGGGAGAAGAGCGCGUCCUUCAGGGAGUGGAGGGAGGACGCGGUGCGGCAGUUCGCUGAGCAGGAGAGAAAGAAGUUCUCCAAGUUCGAGGACGAGGCGCCCGAGCUGUCACAUCCCUGCAUGGAGAGCCCGCGGCUUCUGACCGAGGAGGCAGCUGAGAAGCUGCUGGGGCAGGGUAGGGAACUUGUGCUGAAGCUGUCCAAGAGAUACAACGAGGGGCACAAGCAGCUCAUGGAGAAAGAGAAGGCGCUGGAAGCUUGUAAGAACGAGAACGCCGACGUGAAGGCUGUGGCGGCGACCAAGAUCGAGGGCGGGGAAGUGGACGGGAGGAGGGAGAGAGUGCAGAAGAAGCUCGACGAGACCCUGCGGUCCAUAAAGCUGGUGCAAUACGAGAACAGCCGCUACGAGCACCUCGCCAACAGGUUGACAAAGUUCAGCAAGGAGGACAAGGAGGAGCUGGCGAAGCUGGAGAAGAGCGUGAAGAAGCACAACAUGGACCUGAUGGCGCUGAAGCUCAAAUUACGUGACGAGGUCCCGCGGGUGGAAAAGGAGCUGAAAACGAACGAGCUGAAGGAGCUGAAGCUGAUGAUUCACACGAUGAGGGUGCGGUACGAGGAGGAGCUGGAAGAGAGGAGGAGCCUUGCAAGGCACACCAACGAGCUCAAGAGCAACGUCGUGAACGCAGAGAAAUCCUACAAGGAGAUGGAGAAGAAGCUCGAGAAGAUGUACGACCAGAACGUGCAGUCCCCACGACGAGUGGAGCUGCAGAGGAAGAUCAAAUUGUACGAGGAGACGUUCGAUAUGAUGAUCUGCAAGCUAGGCGAUACGGACAUCGACAGGCUGGUGUCUCUGUUCGUAGGACUCCGAGGAGUUCGACAGACCUGGGAGGAGACAGAGACGGCGCAGUCAUUGUACGGUCACGGGACGAGCUCGAAGGAGGGCGAGCUGGAGAGAAAGCUGAGGUCCGUUACGAGCAGUUACGACAAGUGCGUCGAGCACGAGCAGCGGCUGCGAGUCAAACUUGAGGAUUACCACAAGAAGAUCGGGUUCCUACGCCAGAGGCUCAUGCACGAACUUUAUCGAUUUCGCUCAUUUCGCGUUCACUUCCUCGACCCAACAGCCCACGAUGACCUAGACCAUGAGAUCCUGGAGAUUAUGGCCCAGUGGCGGGACGUUCUUAUCUUCGUACAUGCCAUGUGCGAGGAGCGCAAGGACAUGGUCCGCUCCCUGCUGGUCGAGGAGGCGAACGGAGAGGACAGUCGGUCUGUGAGCGCCGAGCCGAGCACGAUGGAGGAUGACCUGACCAGCGUCUUGCGCGAGGUCAACUUCACAGUGGAGUGCCUGCUGUACACCGUAGAAGCAGCGGCGGGAGAGGAGGAGGAGGAGGAGGCGCCGGACCUCGAGACGCUGAUGAGCAUGUACGAGAGCAUGGUGCCGUCCGUGGAGAGCAUGCAGAUGGAUGUCAAGACUGCGGUGGAGCUGGAGGACAGGCUGAGAAGAAUAUCCGAGCUGUGCAGCGGGAGGGACGAGCAGGAGGAGAAGCUGGAGAAGCCUCGACUGCUCUCUUCUGAUCAGACGCGCUACCUCUGGCUCAAGGCCAAGAGAGGAGUGUUGGAGAUGAAAGAUCGACUCCUGCACCGACUCAAGUCUGUCUCUCGGCAUGUACAGGACGCAGCGGAUGUCCCUGCUCCUCCUGUCAACACCAACGGCCGCCCAGCAGCUCUUCCAGUUCACUUUGGGGAGAAGGAGAAGGAGAAGGAGAAGGAGAAGGAGAGCCAAAGGAAGAAGAAGGACAAGGCAGCAAGCGCAGAGGAUGGGUACAUGGUCGAACUGGAUCAGGAGGAGGAGGUUUAUCUCUCAGAAGCCCUCGCGUCUCCUCUAGAAGACAGUCUUGAAUCUAUCGAGGCGGGAAGGAAGCACAAAACUCUCUCGGGCGUUCCUCUCGUCGGCCUCAUCCCUGAGAAACUUGUCGCCGACACCCUCAAGUCCGUCAUGUGGCCCUCCAGUUCCCAUCAGCGACGCGUCACCAUCCCGAAGAGAGUCAUGCGGAAAGAUAGAAGGCUGGGGCUGGACCUGGGCAUGGCGAGGGAAGACUCGGACUCAGAGUUCAGCAGCGGCAGCCAGCAGUCCUUCGACUACGAUGAGGUGCUGGAGGAGCUGGAGGACGUGUACGCGGAUCGCAACUCAAUCAAGAAGAAGUCGACGAGGGCGGGAGACCGGAAGACAGCCAAGAAGAAGUAG